CCGCAGCCUUCGCACCAAUAGCUAGUGUUACAAAUUGGAAAUAAAAAAAAACUCAAUUUUGACAAGCCAUAAUUUUACGCGGGAAAUGUUCGCUGGCUGUGCGAGCGAGGGCGCGAAUGAAUAGUGCGGUAGUGUUAUUGGACUGUUCAGGCCUCAAUCUGUGGAACAACGUGGCGUCCUGUAUGGAGAAAUGGUUCGGUGAUAAGCGGCUCUGGUUAUUUGGUAACAACCUGCCGCUGUUGCCGAGGCGGUCGCGCGCCAGCAGCCGCGCGAUGGAGCGCUACGAGAAGCUAGCCAAGCUGGGCGAGGGGUCGUACGGGCUGGUGUACAAGUGCCGCAACCGGGAUACCGGCGAGAUUGUGGCCGUCAAGAAGUUCGUGGAGAACGAGGACGAUCCGCUCAUCAGGAAGAUAGCGCUGCGAGAGAUACGCAUGUUAAAGAACCUCAAACACCCAAAUCUUGUGAACUUGAUCGAAGUGUUUCGCCGCAAGCGCAAGUUGCACCUAGUCUUCGAGUACUGCGACCACACUGUGUUGCAUGAACUGGAGAAAUAUCCCUCUGGAUGUCCAGAGCUCCUCUCGAAGCAGAUCAUCUGGCAGACGCUACAAGGCGUGGCGUACUGCCACCGCCACAACUGCAUACACCGCGACGUGAAGCCGGAGAAUAUCCUGCUCACUGGCGAGGGGGUGGUCAAGCUCUGCGACUUCGGUUUCGCCAGGAUGAUCAGUGGCAGCAGCUCCUCCGAGUACUCAGUGCACACCAUGAUUCCAUUCGGGGUAGACGUCCGCAGGAGAGCUAGUCCAGGUCCGGGCGAGAGCUACACCGACUACGUGGCGACGCGGUGGUACCGGGCGCCCGAGCUCUUAGUUGGUGACACCAUGUACAGCACACCGGUCGACGUGUGGGCUAUAGGUUGUGUAUUUGCCGAGUUGCUGUCCAGUGAAGCCCUGUGGCCGGGAAAGAGCGAUUUGGACCAAUUGUACCUAAUAAGGAAGACCUUAGGAGAUCUUCUACCAAGACACAUGACCAUUUUUUCACAGAACACAUUCUUUCAGGGCAUGGCGCUUCCUGAACCCACAACUAUAGAACCACUAGAAAAGAAAAUACCUCAGCGAUAUGCAAAUAAUGAACUCGUUGUAGAUUUUUUACAAAAAUGCUUAGACAAGGAUCCAAUGAUGAGGUGGACCUGCGAGCAGUUGUUACGGCAUCCCAUAUUCGAGAAUUUCCUGUUCACAGUCCCUCAUUCAGACCACGAAGAGUAUGAGAAAGCUAAGAGAGCUCAAUUGGUGCAGUCGUCACCGCUGCUGCCCCAGUUGAUUGUGAGCGAGCGCGGGCCGCAGAGCAAGGGCAAAAAGUCGGAGAUGGAGGCGCGCGCGCACCUCCCCACCAUAUGACUGGCGGCGCCCGCGCGCCCGCGGUACUGAUCCCAAUGAAUAAACCAAACUUGACAACACAA